GCAGAAGGAAACAACGACUUGAAUUCCUCUAGAACCAAAGUCAAGAUUGGAACCAUUCUUGAAAGCAAACUUAGUAUUCAUGGAAGCUUCUGGUAUGCGUGUCUUGUGGUUUGCUUCUCAUAUUUGAUGACUCUCAAAAACAAAAACAUCGUUAGUGAAGAGAAGAGUUGAAAGGAAGAAUAGGAACAUACAAACUAGAGGAUGGCAUGUUCUGUGCCUUUUCACAACAAAAAUUUGGACGUAAGCUUCUUUGUUUUCAAGCCAACAAUUGUAAUCGUAGAUAAUGUUGUUCAUGGUCUCAAACAGUUCUCCUUAAACACAGAGAGCCUUGGUUGUAUUCAAAGCUCUAUAUUUAGGAGCAUCCAUGGAAAUAUGAUCAUAUGGUAUGGAGCAUGGCAGAAGCAGUCGAGUAAGGAAAAAGAGCAGCUGAAAUCAACCCUUAUAUCAAUGCUAUCCAACAUAUCAAGCAUGGCUGUGUUAGUUGAACAUAGCUUCCUUGAAGCAUACGCUGGAGAAUCAAGAGAUGGGUCUUCAACUGCAAAAUUCUCUAAUGGGGACAUAAUAUCACUGAACUCAGCAGUCACCACAAGUAGUGACCAGAAUGACCUCUGCUACGCUGUCUUAGCAAUUUUUAGGUCUCGUUUUGCCAAAAUAGAAGGCAUAACUGCGGGACUUUGCUUGAAAGGACAAAGCAAACCCAUAGUGGUAUGCAUUCAUGUGUGGAAAUCUCUCCAUUUUUGUUACUCAUGGAUUCUCAAUUCAGACCAUAGAAAAUGGAUGAUGCCAUAUCUUGAACGUUUCUCUAUCGACAUGAAGUAUGAUAUUUUCCGAGUAGUCUAUGUUACUGGUGACAAUGUAGUUAAUCUUAACUACAAUAUUUCUCCUCAUCAGAUGUUCGAAAAUGGGAAUGAGAGCAGACAAGGCCAGGUUAUGCAGAACUGACACAACACAACUCUAAAAGAUUUCCAAGUUUUAAACCAUCCUCUUCUGCUAAGUUUUUCAUCCCCCAUUUUCUUGUAAAGGUUGUAUAUUACUUUUACAAAAUCGAUUUAUAUAUUAGAACUCAAUGAAAGAAUAACUACUAAU